GAGUAUUGGACAAGCAUUCAAACCCAAGCACAAUGUCGUCAAACUUUUCCACAACACACGAUGGCCACUACGUUCUCUGCUGACGAGGCGCGCGCGGCCAUAAAGGAACAUGGGUUCUUCUCGAUUCAGGAUGGAGAGCUCGGUAAACGUUUCCUGGAGAUGGAGAGCAAGAAGUGGUCGUUCUCAUUCAAGACGGUUGAAGGCUUCAAUUUUUGCAAAGCCAACGUCCUGAAGGAUACGCGCGUUCAAGAUACCCUAAGUGCCUUCAAGAGACCGCAUAUUCUAGCCGACUAUACAAGACUUGCUCCAUCCCGAGGCACUAUUUUUCAGCUCAGACGUGGUGGCAACGACGAUGUGCUCCUCGUGCAUCUCUGGGGAAUUGGCUCAAGUCCAAUAUACUAUCGAAAAUCGCAAGAUGCAGACCUUUGGAGGAUACUAGCCACCAACAAUCUGUGGCAGGUUCUAGGUGCUGAGCUUAAAGCCGCGGGUUGUCUGGGGACGCCGAUCAACUUUAAGGAUGGUGGACUUGUCAUACUCGAUGCCCGCCUCGCUGUUGAUUUCGGAGAUACGAGUCCCGUUGUCGCCGCAUUUGCCACGCCGGAGGUGCUGAAGAAGCGACCUAUGGAUUGGCCACUCCUAAGCAUCCCAAACUCAUUGAAACCGAGCGAACUAGCUGGCAUGAACAUACAUGCUGCACUUGAGGAAAAGGAAAGUGCACGCGAAGGCAGGGCCGAGGAAGCUUCAGAUGGAGAAUGCUCGGUAUGAUUGCGGUGCUAUCUACCGAUGUGUCAGAGAUACCAUUUAUCGACAGUUUUGUGAUCCCCUUGAUGAUGCU